AUGAAGGGCGCCGUCAGCUUUGGCCUUUUCAGCACAGCAGUAGCGCUGAACCACAAUAAAUUAGACCACGUCCCACAACACGCACUGCUGCAGGACGCAUGUCCUUUAGACUCGAUACUGCGCGAUGGCCAGUGCCACAUCGCCUCCACAACACCCUCAGAAAUCACAUUCAAAUCCAAUAUCACGACUUCGCUAGACGAGGCACGACUCACAGCGUCGAAGCAAGCGAACUUCCCAUGGACAUUUUGGCCUAAGUGCUUCUCGAAUAAUGAGACCCCAGAGCCGUACUGCCUCUUCAGCGACCAGAGCUUCGCGAAUGGGCGCGGGAUCUUCAUCGUUACCACAGAGCCAUUAGCAUAUGGAAUGCUACAGAAGCAGGCUUUCAAGAACCCGAAAAGCCUGUACCGUUCGAAUCAGCACGCAAACCCACCGUUUGAGCAGUACGAAUUCCCAAUCAAAGGGCGUGGUCUCGUCGCGAAUAAGACCCUAUUCCGUGGCGACCAGAUCUUCGCAUCUACGCCGCUUCUGAUCGCUGACCCUGAAGCCUAUAAUCUUGUCGAACCGGAGCGCCUCGAACUUAUGUACCUUGGUGUAGAGUCGCUACCAGAGACAUCCCGCAAGUUAUUCUGGGAACUCCUCGACCACUUCAAGGGUGAUCCUGUUGAUGACAGAAUCAACACCAACAACUUCGAAAUUGUUGUCGAUGAUGUCUCACAGGCCGCGCUGUUUCCCGAGAUUGCCAUGCUCAACCACGACUGCAGACCUAACGCAGCCUACUUCUGGGACGAGGAGACUUUGACGCAUUAUGUGCAUGCCAUGCGCACAAUCCAGCCCGGCGAGGAGAUCACCAUCUCGUACAUCGAUAGCGAGAGGAAUAGCGCACACCGCCUCAGGCGACUCGAGAGGAACUGGGGCUUCAAGUGCAGCUGCUCUGCAUGCACAGCACACCCAGCACUUGUCGCGGAGUCCGAUGCAAGGCUACACCAUAUUACCGAAAUCGUCGAGAUGCUCAACGAUUGGACACCAAGCUCGUCUGCGACACCCGAGAUGGCUGAGGCGAUGAUCAGCAUGUAUGACCAGGAGCGCCUAUGGGCUUACCAUGCCACAGCGUACAAGCAUGCUGCAGAGGUUUACAGCAGCUUCGGCAAGAAGUACGAGGCUAUCAAGUACGCCAGGUUGGCUGCCGAGUUCGGCAUCCUGGACAAGGGCUUCAACGACCGUGACGUGAAGGAAAUGAUGAAAAUGGCGAGCGAGCCAGAGAUGACCUGGAGCUGGAACAAGAGGGUGGGCCUGAAGAAGGGUGGAUGCGGAUGUGGCAAAGCUCAUUAA